AUGUACAAUAAUGCAAUAGCACUUAUAUUAUUAUUAUUAUUAUUUACAAAAUCAUUUACAAUCAAUAAUAAUGUAUAUAGAAACAAUAAAUCAACAUUUCUUAGUGGAAUCUACUCAAAUGUGUGCAGUUCUCGCAUUAAAAAUAUUGGUGCUGGCUGGGGAAUUGCAGAUAAUUAUGUUUGGCAGGAAACUGACGAUUUUGUCACUGUUAAAAUAAAUUUAUCAUUGGAUAUACCUUCAAAAAGUGUUCAGGGUAAUAUAUACAAGGAUAGACUUGAUUUUUAUACUGUUGAUGGUAAAAAGCUAAUCUGCGGGAAUACAAUCAAACCAAUUGACGUUUAUGGUUCUUUCUGGAAUAUUGUUACACAUGAUUUCUACAAGGAAUUGAUUAUUAACCUAAAGAAAGAAGACAAAUUUAUUGAUUUAUGGAAUGGAGUGCUCAAGGGCAGUACGAUUAUACAUACAAAUUAUAACUCCGACAAUUUAAGCCUUGAAAAUGUGAAACCCCCAUCAGAACUUAAAAGACAGCCAAAUUCCGCAUUAUGGGAAAGCAGGCUCUAUCCAAACUAUUCCGAAUUAUUUAAUUUCAUAUACAAUUGGAACAUGACAGAUGAUGAUUGUGGUCAUGAGUAUGGAUUGCCUAAGUGUAAUAUUAAAUUGUUUUAUGUACCUGAGAUCUACGGAGCUAAGAUUCUCUAUGGUGGAGAUCUCAUCCCUCCAGGUGUAGAUGAAUGGCUCGAUAUUAGGGUACUUGAGAAAAAUGAAAAAUACGUUGUAGUAAUUAUUAGGGGCCCUGAAGCAAAUCUUGUCAAUGGUGCUUAUGGUAUAAAUCUCAGUGUAUUUGUGCAACAAGCUGAGGAUCAAAUUGUACGAAAGUUGCAAAUUGAUCUUAACAAGAAAUUUUCGAGCACUACUCUAGAUAAUAAAGAUGAUGCAAUUAUUGAUGAAGAAAUAGUUGACCCAUUUAAAGAUAUAGAUUUAUCAGAUAAAUCUCUACAAAAAUAUUUCGAACGGGAAUUGGGCUUCAACGAAGAUUGGCCUGAAGAAAAAAGGGAAGAACACAAGAAAAUUUUGAUAGAAACAAUCGCAAAACUUUCUGAUCGAAAAUUUAAACCUGGAUAUGAACUUGACACUCUGCUAAAUAUGUACACUGGAAUGCAAAAUACCUUGGGUCUUAGUAAUAAUGAUAUGAACAAUCUAUUCAAUGAUGCGAUGAGAAAAAUUGAAAAUAGGAAACUAGAAUUGUCUAGUAAUACAACUAGCAGCAUACCUUCUAUUACUGAUUCGAUGAAGAUUGAUUUUGACUGUUUGGGCGGGGAACAAACUAUAUUUAAAAGAGCUAUCAACCUAAACAGUUCAUCUAUUCUUUCUGAUAAAUACCAUUCGUUACCUAUAAAGUGUCAGGAAAUGAUUAGGGAGAGAUGGGAACGCAAUGCAUUAAAGAUGGACAAAUUAAUUGAUGAACUCUUGAGUUGCGAUGAAUCCCUUAUACCAACAAUUUGUGAUAAUUACAAAGAUCUAUUAUUAAGUGAAGACUAUCCUACAAUAAUGCGAAGCAAACUAAGCGUUUCACCACCAAAAAAUGAGCAUGAAAAAUCGAGAUAUUUGCAAUUACAUCAAUUUGUUAUGUCGCUAUACAAAGACCUAGAGAUAUACAUGAUGCACAAUGAAAUGGAACAGUUGAACAAGAUAAAUGAGAUAUGUGAAAUGGCCAUGACAAAUAUCUACGGAUUAGAUGACUUUAUGUUUGAUAACAAAGCCAAAUAUGACAUGGAUUUUGUAUGCUACUUAAAGUUUGCCAUGUAUAAGGAAUCUCAAGAUUUGGAAAAACAAGGCUUGAAUCCAGAUUUGGAGCCCUCAGUAUGGCUAAUGGUCCUAAAACUUAUAUACAAGGGAGUAACUUUUCUCAUAAGGGAUGAUAUUUCAGAGCAUACUGAAAUUAUUACAGUAAUUGUUGAGCGGUCACUCCCUAUGAUACGAAAGUAUAUGACUGAAUACUACUUGGCCUGCAUGGCUAAAAGUGAUUGGAAGGGAUUCAAGGAUACAGUAAAUACUAUUGCUAAUGGAAUCUCUAAGAUGAACAAACAGGACAUAAUUGCAGAGUCUCCUGAAUUGAAGGAGUGGAUCCCGGAUGCAAUAAUCCAGCUGCAGAAUGAUGUAGAGGAACUCUUGCCGGACUGGGUAAUUGAUGGAAUGUUAUCUCCUUCUGAUCGGGCGUAUAUGGAGAUGAACAAUAAUCGCAAAAUUCCAAUCUGUAAACUUCAGCUAACCAAACAAUCGCCAGAGAAAUUAUGGCCCAAAUAUGAUAUUUACAAGCAGAUGCCAAUAGCUGAAAAGUGUAAAACAUCCAAACCAACAGAACAGUGA